GUGAUAAUAGAAGAUUCGGACCUGGUGGGAUUCUGUCACUCCCAAAAUGACCCCCACAUUUCAACAUUUGACAAUGUAUUGUAUGACACUCACUUGCAGGGAGAAUUUAUCAUGUACCGGAAUUUAGAAUACCACAUAGAGGUACGAGUGCUAUUUGUGAGGUGUGGAGAAGGCACUUGCAAUUGUGGAGUUUUGGUUAGAUCAGGAGAUGACGUCAUAAAAGUUCACAAAUGUUUACCGGGAACUCUCUCAGCUUAUCCAAUCAGUCGGAGACUCUUUAUCAACUCUCAGCUGACAUUCAAUUCCAAUAUCUACCAGGCAGAGGACGGCAAUAAGUAUGAGAUCUAUCUACCAACCGGUGCCAAGGUGAUCUUGAAGAAUGACCAAGGAAAAUACAUGAAUGUAUAUAUCGAGGCUUCAGUUUUGGACUUGAACAAGACGGAUGGUCUGUGUGGAAAAUAUGACGGGCUCAAGGCGGACGAUCUUGUAGGAGCCGAUGGUACGAUUUACAGUGUAACUGAUGCAGCAGACCAGCCUAACGACUUCAGUCGAUCCUGGAGGUAAGGUUUAGUGACCUUA